AGCACUGUGCUUUUGGGAGAGGAGAAUAAUGAAGUUUGUGUGUUUUCAAAGUUUCGGGCUUCAAUUGAUUUUUAUUUUAUUUUCUGGUAUAGUGGAAGGACGGAAACACCAUUUAACAUUAACAAAAGAUGUCCGUAGAUACUUCACUGUUAGUACAUUUGGUUUCCUGAAAGGUGGAAAACUUGAUGUACAAGUGAAUGAGUUAUCAUUUGUACCCCCAAAUUUUGAAACCAAGUUUGGAUUUACUCUAAUCAGAACAAAUAGUGACAGUGUGACCCCAUAUUUGGAAAACCAUCAAGAUACAUGUCUACUCCUUGAUGACUCAUCUAGAGAUGAUACCAGUAUUAAUAUAGUUUCUUUUAUAUUGGAUUUGGGAAAACAGAUAAUUAAUGUUAACUGUAGCCAAAUGUUCUCAACACUCAUUAUUGAAAGAGAUCAGAGAUGGAACCCAGCAAGUGAAACCUCUACUCGGAAAAGACGAAACAUCGGAGAAGUAACUAGCGAUAGUUAUCUUCUUGCUCGCCGAAAAAGAGAAGAUAAAAAAAGUCAAAACACACUUUUUAACAAAACUAAAGAUGAACUUCCAAGUACAAGUACCAAUCUCAAAAGUGAAGCAGAGACUGCUGAGAAGAAUACUCUUAAUAAUGUAUGUUCUACUGUACAGAACCUACCAGUAAAUAAAACAGGAAAUGUUUACAGUUUUCAGUUUUCUGUUGUUAUUGGAGAUGAUAAGCACAAGGGACUGUAUAGCUUGUAUUUUCACAACUGUGCUAAUUAUGGAAAACAUAUGGAGAAAACUAUGGUUAAUCUAACUAUGACCAUUAAAGAAGAAAACCAAGGUACUUACUUAUCUGCUGGAGAGAUGCCCCUGCCACAUAUGUAUUUUGGACUAUCUGUAGUUUUCUUUAGUGUUGGCUGCUUUUGGAUUUAUGUCAUUAGAAAAAAGAAAGAUGAAGCUUUCAAAAUUCAUUACUUAAUGGGAUUAUUAGUCUUUCUGAAGUCCUUUUCUCUACUUUUUCAUGGGAUAAACUUCUACUUUAUAGCACGUGAAGGUUUUCACAUUGAAGCUUGGGCUGUAUUAUUCUACAUUACCCAUCUCCUGAAAGGAGCACUUCUCUUUAUCACCCUUGUGCUGAUUGGUACUGGUUGGGCAUUCAUAAAACAUAUUCUGUCUGACAAAGAAAAGAAAAUUUUUAUUAUUGUGAUACCUCUUCAGUUUCUAGCCAAUGUAGCAGAAAUCAUCAUGGAAGAGAGUGAAGAAGGAGAAGCUCAGCACACCACUUGGAGAGAAGUCUUUAUCUUGGUUGAUCUCUUGUGUUGUGGAGCUAUUUUAUUUCCUGUUGUGUGGUCUAUCAGGCAUCUUCAAGAAGCCUCUCAAACUGAUGGAAAAGCAGCCAUGAACUUGGAGAAACUUAAGCUUUUCAGACACUUCUACAUCAUGAUUGUAUGCUACAUCUACUUCACCAGGAUCAUUGUCUACCUUCUCAAGAUCACCGUGCCUUUUCAAUAUGAAUGGCUCAAUGAGUUUUUCCGUGAAACAGCCACACUUGGAUUUUUUGUUUUGACUGGUUAUAAUUUCCGCCCCACAACCAAAAAUCCUUACUUCCGAUUGUCCCAAGAUGAUCCUGAGCUAGAAAUGGAAGAAGUGAUAACUCAAACAGGAUUAACUGAAGGCAUAUCAAAAAGUGUCAGAUCAAGAGAUCCUGAAAAGGAAUGUAAAGUUUCCCAGCGAGAAAUAAGUCACGAGUUUGACUGAUACUGUAAAUCUUGCAUGCAUACAUAUUGUAAAGUUUUUUUUUGUUAUUUGUACAUCAUUAGGUCAAUUUAUCUUUUAUGUCUUCUCUUUCAUUAUUUUUUCAAACUAGAGUUUAAAAAAGUGUUCUUUUUUUUUAUUUAGUAUCUGUUUUAAAAUUAUCGUAGAAUUUUUUUGUAUA